GCUGGGAGAGAUUUCAUGCUUGACCCAUUCCAUGGGAUUCUUGUUUUUUCUCAUCACCAUGAAGAGAUUUCAGCUUUCAAAAAUUUUGUUCAGGAAGUUACCCCUUUCAAAUACCCAGAAGACACUUAUCUGGUUAUAUACUGGUUGGAGAACUUUCAUUGCUCAUUCUCUGAGUCUGACUGUGCCUUGAAGAACUGCACACCUAAUGCCUCUGUGGCUUGGUUGCCUCCAAAUCGUUUUGACACAGCCAUGAGUGAUGGGAGCUACAAUAUAUACAACGCUGUGUACGCUGUGGCCCAUGCCCUCCAUGCGAUGCUUUUUGAAGAAGUACAAAGGCCACCAAUGAGAAAUAGACAAGUGAAGUUGUUUCACCCCUGGCAGCUGCAUCGCUUUCUGAAGAACAUCCAAUUUCACAAUCCUGCUGGAGACCAAGUGAACUUGGAUGACAGAAGGAAACUGGAUUCAGAGUAUGACAUUCUCAAUUUUUGGAAUUUUCCAGAAGGCCUUAGACUAAAGGUUAAAGUAGGGACAUUUUCUUCACAUGCUCCACAUGGCCACAGAAUGACUUUAUCUGAGGAUCUGAUAGAGUGGGCCACAGGAACUAUGGAGCCUCCCCAUUCAGUAUGCAGUGAGAGUUGCAAUCCUGGCUUUAGAAAAAGCCCUCAGGAGGGAAAGGCUGCCUGCUGUUUUGAUUGCACCCCUUGUGCAGACAAUGAAAUCACCAACGACACAGAUAUGGAGCAGUGUGUGAAGUGUCCAGAUCAUCAGUAUGCCAACACUCAGAGAAACCACUGCCUGCAAAAAGCUGUGACUUUUCUGGCUUAUGAAGACCCCUUGGGUAAGGCUCUGGCUGGCACAGCCCUGAGUCUCACUGUCCUCACAGCUGCUGUCCUUGGGCUCUUUGUGAAGCACCGAGACACUCCCAUCGUCAAGGCCAACAACCGGGCUCUCAGCUACACCCUGCUCAUCUCCCUCACCUGCUGCUUCCUCUGCUCCUUGCUCUUCAUUGGCCGGCCCAGCACAGCCACCUGCAUCCUGCAGCAGACCACAUUUGGAGUCGUGUUCACUGUGGCUGUUUCCUCUGUCUUGGCCAAAACCAUUACUGUGGUGCUGGCCUUUAAGGUCACUGCUCCGGGCAGAAGGAUGAGGCAGUUGCUGGUAUCAGGGGCUCCUAACUCCAUCAUCCCCAUCUGCUCCCUCAUCCAACUCACUCUCUGUGGAGUCUGGAUGGGGACAAAUCCACCCUACAUUGACACAGACGCUCACUCUGAACAUGGCCACAUCAUCAUCGUGUGCAACAAGGGCUCCCUCACUGCCUUCUACUGUGUGCUGGGAUACCUGGGCUCCCUGGCCCUGCUGAGCUUCACCGUGGCUUUCCUGGCCAGGAACCUGCCCGACACGUUCAAUGAAGCCAAGUUCCUGACGUUCAGCAUGCUGGUGUUCUGCAGUGUGUGGGUCACCUUCCUCCCCGUGUACCACAGCACCAAGGGGAAGGUCAUGGUGGCCAUGGAGGUCUUCUCCAUCUUGGCCUCCAGUGCGGGGCUGCUGGGCUGCAUCUUUGCCCCCAAGUGCUACAUUAUUUUGUUAAAGCCUGAGAGAAAUUCUCUUACAGGGAUUAGGGACAAACCAAAUUCCGUCAGAAAGGAGCCUUCUUAUCAUUAA